GAUGAUAACAUUGCUUUAACUUAUUUUCAGUCUCGCCGAUAUGACUCAAGGACGACAAUAUUCUCCCCAGAGGGGAGACUAUACCAGGUGGAGUAUGCGAUGGAAGCUAUAGGGCAUGCAGGCACUUGUUUAGGAAUUCUGGCCAAUGAUGGUGUCCUUCUGGCAGCAGAGAGACGUAAUACCAAUAAACUGUUAGAUGAGGUUGCAUACUCGGAAAAAAUAUACAAACUUCAUGAUGAUAUGGUAUGCAGUGUAGCAGGUAUAACAUCAGACGCCAAUGUUCUCACAAAUGAACUCCGACUUAUAGCACAAAGAUACUUACUACAGUAUCAAGAACCAAUUCCAUGUGAACAGUUGGUUAGCACUCUGUGUGAUCUCAAACAAGCAUAUACACAGUUUGGAGGUAAAAGACCUUUUGGUGUGUCUUUGUUAUAUAUGGGCUGGGACAAACACUAUGGAUUUCAAUUGUAUCAGAGUGAUCCAAGCGGUAACUAUGGAGGAUGGAAAGCUACAUGUAUAGGGAACAAUAGUGCAAAUGCAGUUUCAAUGUUAAAACAAGAUUAUAAAGAAGGGGAGACAACUCUUCAACAAGCCUUACAGCUGGCAAUCAAAGUUCUCAGCAAAACUUUAGAUAUGACCAAACUUACUUCAGAAAAAGUUGAACUGGCAUCUCUAACCCGAGUGGAUGGAAAGACGAAGAUAACAGUGCUAGACAACAAGACAGUGGAUGAACUGAUUAAAGUACACGAAGCUGAGGAGGCUAAAGAAGCAGAGAAGAAAAAAGAAAAGUCUUGAUUUAGGAAAUUAUACUGUGUGAAAUAUUUGAGAUAUUCUGGAUCUGGAACACCAGCCGUAGAAAUGUGCACUUCAGAGCUGAUGCUUUAUUUUAUGUUCAUUACUUUAAUAUUUGAAAAAGACAUUAUUUACUAAAAAUAUCAUAAAUUAUUUUGUUUGUUUAAAUGGUGGAAAACAUUUCUAAUGAUUUUAAAACGUUAAAAAAUGUUAAACUACUGUUUCAUUUUCCUAUUCCAUAACAGCUAUUUCUGAAAUGAAAAUAUUUGUUUUAUACAAUAGUCAACAGAAUUAGAAAGAUUUUAGCUUUUUUUAAGUUAUGUUGAAAAUAUGGUCAAAAUCCAUUUUGAUGUGUCCAUUAUAAAUUACAGCCAUUUUGGACACCUUGUCAUUGUAAUUUGAGAGAUAUUUUUAUGAAUGAAUUUUGGCCAUAGAAUUAGAUUGACUAAAGGUAUCUUCACUGCUGCAGAAUGUUGUAUAUUUCAUGUUUUGUUCCUGAUUGUGUUAUAAGAUUGAUAAGUGUAAUCUGUUUUAUAAAUAUCACUUUGGAGUGAAAAGAAAACAGAGGAAAUGGACAUUUUACUGGCUCAGUUGAGAUAUUCAUGCUGUAACUUUCUGAAAAGUGCUUAAUAUGAUAAUUUAUGUUUGUACAAUACAAUUGCAACAUUAAAUUUGAUAAAUUUGAA